GUUGGGCGAAGGCGGCGCUUGGCUGGUGGGGCCCGCGGCGGGAUUUUCCCGGGCGGCGAGAGCGGAUCUAUCUUGGGAUCCCAUGGCUUUCUUUACUGGGCUCUGGGGCCCCUUCACCUGUGUAAGCAGAGCGCUGAGCCAUCGCUGUUUCAGCACCACUGGGAGUCUGAGUGCGAUUCAGAAGAUGACGCGGGUACGAGUGGUGGACAACAGUGCCCUGGGGAACAGCCCAUACCAUCGGGCUCCUCGCUGCAUCCAUGUCUAUAAGAAGAAUGGAGUGGGCAAGGUGGGCGACCAGAUACUACUGGCCAUCAAGGGACAGAAGAAAAAGGCGCUCAUUGUGGGGCACUGCAUGCCUGGCCCCCGAAUGACCCCCAGAUUCGACUCCAACAACGUGGUCCUCAUUGAGGACAACGGGAACCCUGUGGGGACCCGAAUUAAGACACCCAUCCCCACCAGCCUGCGCAAGCGGGAAGGCGAGUAUUCCACGGUGCUGGCCAUUGCUCAGAACUUUGUGUGAGUUGAGCCCAGGCCUCUGGUUGCAGGACUGGUGAAUGGAGCAGUUCUGAGAACCAUACUUUUGCUAAGGGAGCUUGGGAGCCGCAUGGCUGCUCCCUUCACACUGGGUAACAGUGUAGUAUCUUGUGAGAGAAUAAAUGUAUUCAUUAAAAAAAAAA